CACAACUCAUCGAUCACUGUCUAGUUCUACUCACAAGUCUGUCUCCAUCACCGUGUCACGUCCCAUAAAGUUUUCUCCCUCUCUACCCCGGCCGGUCGACCGCCCUCCUCCAGUCCUCCCCGCCUUUAAAUUUCCAAAGAAAUGAGGUCAUCCAAGCAGCUCCCAACUCACAUCACAUUCAUAUAUGGAUGUAGCAGUAGUACAGGUACCCUACAUUGCCUCUAGAUAAAUGCAGGAUCGAGCCUCUUCCCGUCUAUCCGCCAUUGCUGAGCUCAAGAAGUCUUUUGCGCUGGCUUGCUUCCUGAAGCUAGAUCAUGAGCAGUUCAGACGAGUGGAUGUUUGAGAUGGAUUCUGAACCACCAUCAUCGCCAGAAACCAUCUCCAUUAUGCAUCACCAAACUCCAUGCCACAUCCUGGAGGCUAUGGUUGAGCCUAGCACACAGGAGGAGAUGGAGAUACAUGAGAGGGCCAUGAAGCACGUGAGGGAGAUGGGGGAGGAAAGGAAGAGGAGCAGCUUGAAGAGGAGGCUGAUGAUGAGGCUCAAGAAGGACGGCUACGAUGCCUCCCUCUGCAGGUCUUCUUGGGUCGCCACAACUGAGCACCCCGGAGGCGAUUACGAGUACAUCGACGUCGUGGUGGCGGCGGGGGAGGACGGCGCGGGCGCGGCCUCCUCCUCCAGGCUAGUCGUCGACAUCGACUUCCGGUCCCAGUUCCAGCUCGCCCGGCCGGCGCCGUGGUACGCGCACCUGUGGGCCCGGCUGCCAGCGGUGUUCGUGGGCCCGCGCGCGAGGCUCCGGAAGGCGGUGUCCCUGCUGUGCGCGGCGGCGCAGCGGUCGCUGCGCGAGAGCGGCCUGCACGUCCCGCCGUGGCGGCGGUCCGGGUACAUGCAGGCCAAGUGGCUCCCCCGCGACGUGACGCUGCCCGGUGGGGCCCCGGAGGUGGCCAUGGCCCAGUGGUCGGUAGCGAUGGGGAAGGUGCUCGGCGACGGGCCCCGGAGGUCUGGCACUGGCACGGGCGGCGGCCUCUCCAUGGAGCUGUCAGGCUCCGGCGCUGAGGCGGACGGCUUCCAAGGCCAAGCUGGAUCCAUGUGGGCGUAGUGCCUCUCAUCUUCUACCUCGAGAGGUCAGAUAGGAUCAUAGGAGUAGAGUAGAAUGGAAGCUAGUAGAUGAACUAGCAACCCGUAGUGCUAGCUUGCGGCAACAUUCACAACCAGUUUUUGUGUUUUUUUGCGCUGCCGCACGAGAGAUUAGCAAUGCAAUUUAACGUUUCCUGAUA